UGGCUUCAAAAUCUGCUAGCGUUUCAACUCAACAACUGCAUGCUAAAAAAAAACACGAGUCUCGUGCAGCCCAAGCCAACAAAAAACGAUUGGACACGAGGCGGCGAUGACAUAACAAAACUGCUGGUACCCCCUGCUGCUACGCUGCUCUAGUUGGCUGACUGGAUAUGUACAGACUGACACGUCUAGCAACACCUCCAUGUGUGCUUAUGAGAUGUUCCCCUGGUCAGCAGUGUUUUCUCUGGAGCCAAAGGUGCCUGGACAGCGUACGGCAGAAGAACUAGUCACCAAUACUCUGAUGCUGGAGCUGGGUGCCAUGGUGAAGCGCACCGAACGUAUCCGCCUGGAGAGGGUGACACAAGAGGGCCGGCGCCGACGCAGCUCCUCCUCUGCUGACUAUAGAUGGCUGGCCACUGCCCCCACCCACCAACCCUACGAGCUGACCCCCCGAGAUCUGAUAGAACUGCAGGACCUGUGUGCCAGGGUGCCACCAUCUCAGUGUGGCCCUGUCAUUGUCAGGUUCAGGAAUCUGGUGACAAAGACCGAGCCGGAAGUUUACGAGGUGGCUCGUCUGUUCCGCACAGUUCUACGUGACUGUGUGGAGGGUGAAGAGGAGGAAGAGGAGACGAGGAUGAGGUCAGCCGGCUGGGACAAACAACGCAGCAAGAGCCUCUCUUUUGUAACCUUCCGCUCCAAGUUCCGCCCCGCACCCUUCAGGGGCGGGGGCCUUGGCGAGUCGCGCGGCAACCUGCAGGAGGAGUCGAGCUGGUACGAGGAAGAGGUGGAGGAGCAGGAGGGAGCAGCAAAUGUGGCGAGAGCGGCCAGGAAGGGGAGGAGCAUGAGCAUGCCUGAUAUCACCCCCAUUGAACAGAGUGCACUUGGCUGAGAGAGGGAGGGACAACUGCUGAUGUAAAAAGGGCUUUAUAAAAUACAUCUGAUUGAUUGAGGAAGGGAGGAAUGGGACAAAGAAAGGAAUGUCGAGAAGUCAAAUAUGUCUCAAGAUGAGACAUGCAACAUUGACAGCUCACACCUCAGCAGAUUUCCACUUACUCUUCAGAUAAAAAGAUGCAGCUGUAUCAAACAUAUACUAGAGUGGAAAUGCAAGCUUAGCCAGCAGAUGUAUGCCAUAAUAUUUCAAACAUUGUUUUUAUUGUGAAUUACAUUUUCUGAACGUGUUAAACACUUGAAAUGCAAAAUUAACUAGAUUUUGAAUGCAUAAAAUAAAACCUUAUUUUUCAACAGAU